GAUGAAAUAACCCAGAUAAGUCAAAUCAGACGUGUCAAAAUUGAACAAUAAAAAUUAAAGUUUUUAAUUUAUUGGGGCAUUUCAAAAUUCUAUUGAAAAUCAUAUCAAAUCGAUGGCUUUCUUCCUCAUCCGCUUGGCCCUGGUGGCCGGUGCGGUGUAUGGAACCCAAGAGCUGGGGAUUUGGGAAAGUUCCGACCACACAAAGGUGCUCUUCGAAGGCGCCAAACGGGAGGUGAGUCCCUACGCCGAGGACCUGAUGAACCGAUUCUGCUGCUGGCGGUGCGACAAGUGCAAGGAGGAUGUACAGGUUAAGCCCUGGCAGGAAUCCAUGGUGGAUGCUUGGAACGAGACGAUCAAAAAGACAUUCCACGCCUUGGGCGUUCAAGUUCCCUUCUACUACAAACGGUUCUCGGAAGACUUCCAGCAGGGCAUCGAUGACUUGGUCAACGAGAAGGAGGAAAUUGAUACCAAUGCAAAAAAAGGCCCCAAAAAGAUAAAAUAACCAAGUCACACCUUCAAAUAUUUUGUUGCAUGCGUGGUUUCUUUGUGACCGAGGGAGAUCCUCCUGCUGCGUCAGCCAUCGAGCUAUAGGAUCUAUUGAUGUACAUCCUAGGAGUAGAAUGACUUCUUAUUGCGCUACCACGAGCAUCCUUGCGAACUCUAUCGGGUAAAAUCGUUGGCAAGGUAAAAUUGUCGAAAAGAUUCGCCUUGGUGCCAAUGGGAGGAGCAAGGGAGUGUGAAGCCUUAAGACCCGGGCUUGAAGAUCCAGUAGUCAGCAUCGAAUUGGAGCCAGAGUUUAGACCAGGAGUAGAAGCUGUUACCGGUGUUAGGGGUGGCACGGGCUUGGGAUUCGGUGGCUGAGUCUCAGGGACCUUGUCCUUCAAUUCGGCCAUUGUACCCAUCUGACACUGCCGCCAGGUGGGCAGCAUCAGUCCACGGCUCACAGUCGGCGAGGGCAGAGAUGCCUGGCUGGGAAUAAGGGACUUCACCGGCGUAUGGAUCGCUCUCUUGCUCAGCUCCUCUGUCCGCUCCAGGUUGGCCAUCUUCAAGUCCUCGAUACUCACUUUGGUGCGAUUGACCAACUUUGCGAAACGUUGAGCCUCGACGAGUUUGUCCCUUGCCAAAGCUAUGCCAAGACAUUCUCACAUUAAAUGUUUCUAUAUAUCUACUCUCCGGAUAUCAACUCACUAUAAGCCAGAUCCAAGAUGACCCCACGAGCCUGCGGCUCCACCUCCAAUUGCAGGUCCUUCAGCAUACCAUCUACGAACUCCAGAUCAGAGCGGAUGUCUAAGUCGCGCUCGCUUAGCUUGUAUUCUGGUUUUUUGUUCAUUUUACAAAUGUAAUUGAUUGACAGGCAGAACGUUCCCAAUUUGCUACUGACAACUUGUCGAUGAACAAAUUGCAGGCUAAAGCGCAGCAACUCUAUAAAUUGUCAUAAUUUUUAUCGAACUCUGUGCGGUAAUCUUUUAAUUCAUUAUACAUGUUGUUCAGCAAAUAUAUUUUUAAACAAAUACC